GCGCACUUGAUUGGGUACGUCAAAGACUGGUGGAACAGGGUGCAACAAGUGCAUUUGCCUUCGACGAUGUUGCGCUUGAUCGCUGCCCGUGCGCCCGCGCCUCGCCUGGCCCUCGGCCUGCCCCGCGCCUUUAGCACCGUGGACGCCCCGAAGAAGACCUUCACGUACAAGCUGCCGGAGGACGUCUCGGCGGAGAAGGACCUCCGCUUCGGCUUCAAGCCGGCGCAGAUCCGCGACGCGCCGGACGCGGUCCACCGCAUGCUCAACCUCGACAACGCGUCGCAGGCGGAAAUCAACCAGCUCAAGACCCAGAAGGCCAUUGAAGCGUUCCAGCGCUUCCCCGGCGACACGGGCUCGACCGAGGUGCAGGUGGCCGUGCUCACGCAGAAGAUCAAGCGCAUGACCGAGCACUUCAAGGACCACAAGAAGGACAACCACUCGCGCCGUGGCCUCCAGUCCAUGAUUAGCCGACGAAAGAAGCUUCUCGAGUACUUGCGCCGGGAAAACCUCCAGCAGUACCGUGCCGUCGUCGCGGCCCUCGGCCUCCGCUUCACGUAAUAGACAAGACAAGCGGCGUUUAGAUGCAAGUCCAUCCUCGUCCUCUUCUUCAUCAGCCUCAAUAUAGUACAUUCUACGACCGGU